GUUAAUUCCAUUCGGAAAGAGGAAGUUAAUGGAAAACUUGUGAGUGCGCUCUGCAUUUUUGUAACUAGGGAGUAAGUUAGAUGGUUUUAGAUGAAAAUGGGAGACCGCCAGGACAGUUCCCCCAUGCAGGCUUUCGAGAAGGACGCGCUGGAUCUGACAGUUGAAGAUGUGUACGACAUUUCUUACGUGAUCGGCAGAGAUCUGUUGAAAGUGAACACGGGCGCUCGGGAGUUCUCUGAUUUACAGUUUAAAAUCGUCCGCGUGCUGGAGAUGUUUGAGAUGAUGGUGAACAAGUAUAACCUGUCACUGGAGGAGCUGAGGAUGGAGCGGGAUAACCUGAAGGGAGAGCUGGACAGAGUCGCCUCAGAGGAGUCUAACGUUACCAGUCAUAACAACCAUCAGAACAUCGGUCCAAACAAGCUUAUUGUGGACCUAAAGGACCCCAAUCGGCCGCGGUUUACCAUGCAGGAGUUAAAGGAGGUUCUACAGGAGAGGAACCAACUCAAAGCACAGUUGCUGGUGGCCCAGGAGGAACUACAACUUUACAAGAGUGGGGUGCUGGGCUCAGAACAGAACAUGGUGGAGGUAAAUCUGGAGACCCCUUCUCCAUCAGAACCCCCACCAACAGUCACCUCAGAGAACAACAAAGAGAAAAGCACCAUUCAGAAACUAUUCUCGUUCCGACAAAAAUAACCAUUUGACAAAACCAAACAAAAAGACAACCCAGUUUUGUAUCGUCAGAAAGGAGUGUAAAACCAGCAUCACCUACUAAGUGUGAUGUCAACGCACAGAAAAUAACAAUCAUCUCGUUCCUCAGUUUAAAACAAAAACUAUGGUUAUAAUUAGGGAUGCACCGAUAUAAUUCUUUGGGUCGAUACCGAUACCGAUUUUGACAAACAACUAUCGGCCGAUUCCGGUCAGUUGCAUACAGUACUACACAAUAUUAGCCAGUUUUUCUGCAUUCAAUUAUUUUUACUGAACAUGAAUUGGAUCCAUUUAACAUUUUAAAAGAGGCACAAGUGUAAAUGUGACUAAAUGUAAGUUAAGAUAAAAAUACAAUAAGACAACAUGACAAUCUUCAAAGGUGAUUUUUCCUAUCCAAUAUUUAUUUUAUUAAAAACGCUAACUCAAAUUUAAAAUUGAACAUUUCUUUAAUACAUUUAAAUAAAGUCUGUGCUGUUCAUUCUCAUUGCCUCCAUGCAGUUAAUUAAUCAACUAGGGACCUAUGAAAUCCGUUUUAUUUUUUUCCUAAAUUCCGUUUUAUUUAUCCCCAAAUUCCAUUUUUAUUUUUCUGGAUUCUGUUUUCUUUUUUUAUUAACUAUGUUAAUAUGAACCAGUAUCUUAAAUCUUAUGUUUUUUCUUUUGCUGUUUUAAGUCUACUUACAUUUAAUUACUAGUUUUGUUAAUUUUUAGUAGCAGUUUUGUCACGCGAGUAACCGGACUUUUAUUUUGACGACGGACUUUAAUUUUGACGGCUUACCGCAAAGUUUGACAGCAGCUUCUCGCAAACGAAACGGUAAAAUGCGCCUUUGAGGUAAAAAGCAGCGCUGAUUCAGUUUACGUGUUCGCGUCCACCAGAUGCUGAAAAGUCCACUACAGUACACAAAACCACACCACUCAUUCACACGCAGAACAAGCAGAUUGCAUAUUUAAACAGCAGCUGAAUAAUUAUUAGCGCUAUUCAAUUUGAAAUUUAUAAACUGUUCAGUGCUACUUUCCAUCCGUGUUUGCUAAUUUACAUCUGCGUUUUCCGCAUCACGGAAAUCAGGGCCGAUGGUGUUAAAUUAAUCCAAUAUCGGUGGCCGAUACAUCGGUGCAUCCCUAGUUAUAAUAAGACACAAUGAAAGUUUUAAAAUGCUCGUUUUAUGAAAUACUUUCUGAUUGGUCAACCAGGAUUCCAACGUGUGAGCUGUCAUGCUGGAGUGCUGUGUAAGCCUGUAUGACUGACAGUGUUUGUCUUGAUGCUCAGUCAGUAGAUUUUUUACAUGGUAAUAGAUCAUAUUUAGUGGAUGAUAAUCCACAAGUAGGAUUUAAUAAUAUUUUCUAAUUAUUAUUAUUGCACAUGUAUAGGUUGUACGUACUGUAUGGUACGUAUGUGUUGGGGUUUUUAUUCCAAGUUUAAUUUCAGUAUUUUAUCGUGUUUUGGCUGUUGCACGGAUAACAAAAUUCACUAAAACUCCUUAUGGUGUAUGAAGUGAUCAUAUGGUGAGUGUUAAAGCUCUAAGUUGUGUUUCUAUGCACAGUUCCUACUAGAAUGAAAUUUCUUAUCUGUUAAGAACUUUAACUUAAAAACUUUUCUGUGUUAUUUGCCAACAAGCAGUAGGUUUAUGUGAAUCCGAAACUUUUAUGUAUUAACAAUUUUUUAUAUGUUGAAGUUGCAAUUUAUUAUAUCAAAGUAAUAUAUCACAUUUGAAGUCACUGUCGUGGCCAAUAAAGUGUACUGGGAUGUGGAGUCA